ACGUGAACAAAGUGCCGGUUCCAGCAAAUAAUUGCUAAUUGUGUUUCCUGGCUGUUUAUGGGGACUGAUUUCCUGCAUAUCAGGUGACGUCAGCAGUGUGCGACCGGAAUAAGACGGAAGCUAAACUUCGGCAGCAGCAUGGGAAAGCAGAAAAAAACCAAGAAAUAUGCUGUAAUGAAGAAGCGAAUUAGCCUUAAAGAUCAGCGCAUUAAAGAGAAAGACAGAGCAAAAAUUCAGCCAAAAAAGGAAGAUUCGACCGCCAUCAAAGAAAGAGAAGUCCCUCAGCUCCCAUCAUGUCUUUUCUUCCAAUAUAAUACCAACUUGGGGCCACCCUAUUACAUCCUUGUGGAUACCAAUUUCAUCAACUUUUCCAUCAAAGCAAAGCUGGACCUAGUGCAAUCUAUGAUGGACUGCCUUUAUGCCAAAUGUGUCCCCUGUAUCACAGACUGUGUGAUGGCUGAAUUGGAAAAACUGGGUCAAAAAUACAGAGUGGCUUUGAGGAUUGCAAAGGACCCAUCAUUUGAACGGCUGCCUUGCUCUCACCCUGGAACCUAUGCAGAUGACUGCCUUGUACAAAGAGUUACUCAGCACAAAUGUUAUAUUGUGGCUACAGUGGACAGAGACCUGAAAAGAAGAAUUCGGAAAAUCCCUGGUGUUCCCAUCAUGUACAUCUCAAACCACAGAUAUAAUAUUGAACGAAUGCCAGAUGACUAUGGAGCUCCUCGUUUUUAAGACUUGUUUGUUCGGCAUUCAAACCUUCAUUAUAAUGUGGACACUUUUCUAGAGAAAGCAGUUAGGCUCUGCUACUUGGAACUCUGGGAUAAAGACCUUUGCAACAAGUUUUCAGAACCAGCCAGAAACAGAUUCCAUGGAUCAACUUCAAAGACUUUUUUGUUUUUAUGACAUUCUUAGUUUGGUUGAUCCUGCUGGUGCAUAGGUUUUAGAAAUCAUUACUUCCCUUCAUGACUCCUAAUUUAACGGGGUGGUUCAACUUUCAGUUCACUUCUAUAAUGUUAUAGAAUGGCCAAUUCAAAGCGACUUUUCAAUAGGCCUUCAUUACUCUCUUUUUUUUUUUUUUUUUUUAUACAUAGUU